AUGAGGCUGCUGAUCACCUUUACGGCUGUGUUGGCCGUCGCUUCUGCACAGAAUGCCACCAACCGAUUCCCGGCUGACUUCAUGUUUGGAGCUGCAACAGCCGCGUAUCAGGUCGAAGGUGCCUGGAAUGAAGAUGGCAAGGGAGAGAGCAUUCAGGACUACAUGUUCCACAACUAUCCGGAAUACAUGAUAGGAGAAGACAACGGAGACGUCGCCUGCGAUUCUUACCAUCAGUACCUGCAAGAUGUGGAGAUGCUGAAAACGCUCAACGCGGACAUCUAUCGAUUUUCGAUCGCCUGGUCACGUGUGUUGCCUAACGGGGACCUCGACUUCAUCAACCAGGCUGGUAUCGACUACUACAACAACCUCAUCGACGCCUUGCUCGCCAACGGAAUUCAGCCUCUGGUGACAAUGUACCACUGGGACCUUCCUCAAGCACUGCAGUACAUCGGAGGCUGGCCCAACGAAUUGCUGGUCGACUACUUCGUUGAAUACGCCAGGUUACUCUUCCAAACCUUCGGAGAUAGGGUGAAAUGGUGGCUCACCUUCAACGAGCCACAUCAGUUCACGAUGGGAUACGCUAUGUUGGGGGUUGCACCGUCUCAACCAGCUCCGGGCAUCGGCGACUACCUGGCGACACAUACCGUCAUCAAAGCUCACGCCAGGGUCUGGCACAUGUACGAUGAGGAGUUCAGAGCCACACAGAACGGUAGCGUGGGAAUUACACUUAAUAUGGACUGGCCUGAACCAGAGACUAACUCGACAGAGGAUGCAGAAGCAGCGGAUAGAGCACGACAGUUUGUGGUGGGUAUUGCAGCUCUGACAUCAACCAGUUGUAUCUACUGUAACCUUUCAGUGGUUACGUACGGGCUGUGCGAGGUGGACAAAACCAGUCCAAACAAGACGAGGACACCCAAGGAAUCGGCUGCCUUCAUGUCAGAAGUGUUCCGCACCAAGGAACUGCCCAGCCAGUACAACCUGUAUUAG